AUGAGUGACGACAACUCCCCCGUCAAAGUAAACACCAUCAGGCGGAAGCGCCCUGUGGUCCUGUCUGACGACGAAGACGACGCGCCAGGUCCUUCUGUCUCUCCCAAGAAAUCUGUCAAGGCUGAGGAUGAGGGCAAAGAUGUGGAGCCGCCGAAGAAGGUCGCCAAAACUUCGCCGGCGGAGAAAACGGUUACGAAACCUGCUUCCAAGGAAAAGAAACCCGCUUCAAAGCCCGCCUCCAAAGAGAAGAAGGAGGGGCCCAAGAGGAAAGCCGAUGUCAAGCUGAAAGGCAAGGAUGCCAAACCCUUAGCCUCGAUAUUCAGCAAGCCCGCUCCCAAAGCGAAGAAGGAAGCUGAGUCGGAGGAGAUAGGGAGCAAGGGCAAGGAGGGCGAUGAUGACUAUGAGGAAGGAGAGGAAGAGCUGGAUGAUGAGGCUGAAGAUAAGCAAGAAGGAGAAGCUGCUGUCAAACUGGCGUCGAUCUUCACCAAGAACAAGUCUGUCCCCGUAUCGGACAAGGGAUGGAAGGAAGGCGAAGCUGUGCCCUACAUUGCGCUGGUGGAGACCUUUGAAAAGAUCGAAGCGACCACGAAACGUCUCGAGAUUCUCGAGAUCCUCACCCAAUUCUUGCUUGUCGUUGCCAAGCGCGACACGGCGACCGAGGCGAAGGACUCGAUGCUUCUCAAAGUCCUCUAUUUGUGUAUUAAUCGACUGUGCCCUGAUUACGUUGGAAUCGAGCUUGGCAUCGGAGAGUCUUUGUUGGUGAAGGCUAUCGCGGAGAGUACGGGCCGAGCUAUGCCCAAGAUCAAGGCGGAUCUGAAGAAUGAAGGAGACUUGGGAAAGGUUGCCAUGAACUCGAAAAACACACAAACGACAAUGUUCAAACCCAAACCCCUCACCGUUCCCUACGUCUUCCAGUGUCUGACCGACAUCGCCAAAGCCUCCGGUAACGCCUCUCAGACGAAAAAGGUCGGUAUCAUCAAGAAGCUUCUCGCUGCUUGUCAGGGGUCGGAGCCGAAAUUUAUCGUCCGUUCGUUGGAAGGCAAGCUGAGAAUAGGGCUGGCGGACAAGACGCUUGUGGUUGCGUUAGCACAUGCUAUUGUUCUGAGAAGUAUGGGUGACAAGAAGCCUCCUCCCGACCAGCUCGCUGCCAAACUCGAAGAAGGCGCCUCCAUCGUCAAAGCAGUAUACAGCGAACUUCCAUCCUACGACCUCAUCGUCCCCGCCCUCCUCCAAAGCGGCAUCUCCGGCCUGCGCGAAUCUUGCAAACUCACCCCCGGCGUUCCUCUCAAGCCCAUGCUCGCAAAGCCGACCAAAGCCAUUGGAGAAGUGCUGGACAGGUUUGAAGGGAAAGAGUUUACUUGUGAAUACAAGUAUGAUGGGGAGAGGGCGCAGGUGCAUUUGAUGGAGGAUGGUACGGUGGCGGUGUUUAGUAGGAAUAGUGAGAAUAUGAGUGCGAAAUACCCGGAUUUGGUGGAGCAGGUGCCGAGGGCCAUCAAACCGACGGUGAAGUCGUUUGUGAUCGACGCUGAAGCUGUGGCGUUCGACCUUGAGACAAGAAAGAUCCUGCCUUUCCAGGACCUGAGUCGCAGAAAGAGGAAGGAUGUCAAGGCAGAGGACAUCACUGUCCGAGUGCAUCUCUUUGCUUUCGAUUUGUUGUACCUCAAUGGCGAAAGUCUCAUCACCCGAACCCUCAAGGAGCGCCGAGCCCUCAUGUACGAACACUUCCAACCCGUCGAAUCUGAAUUCGCAUUUGCUACAUCAUCUGACGGGCAUACCUCCGAGGAAAUUCAGACGUUCUUGGAGUUGAGUGUGAAGGAUGGAUGUGAAGGGUUGAUGGUGAAGAUGUUGGAAGGGGAUGUGGCGACUUAUGAGCCGAGUCGGAGGAGUAUGAACUGGCUGAAGUUGAAGAAAGAUUACCUCGCCGGUGUCGGUGAUUCUCUCGACCUCGUCGUGGUCGGCGCCUACCACGGGAAAGGCAAACGAACGGCCGUCUACGGCGCCUUCCUUCUCGCAUGCUACGAUCCCGACUCGGAGCACUACCAAACCAUUUGCAAGAUCGGCACCGGUUUCUCCGAAGAGAUCCUCACGGAGUUCUACGAGAUGCUCAAACCGCUUGAGCUGGGUGUGGUGAGAGGGGAUAUAGAGGUUGGCGGGGCAAAGCCGGAUGUGUGGUUUGAGCCCAAGAUGGUUUGGGAGGUGUUGACGGCGGAUCUGAGUCUGAGUCCUGUUUACACUGCGGCGCAUGGUCUUGUGGACUCUCGAGGUAUCUCGCUUCGAUUCCCACGAUUCCUCAAGAUUCGGGACGAUAAGUCUGCGGACGAGGCCACUUCGGCGGAGCAGGUUGGCGAGUUCUAUCAGCGGCAAGUGACGGCCGGAGGAGGGAUGAAGGGCGGCAAGGCGGAGGCGGACGACUUUUGGUAG